AUGGAAACCGCCCACCACCACUUACGCUUCUACCAGGCGCAGUACCAGCCCUCCUUCAGCCACCUCGACGCCGACCAGGCCAAGGUGGACGACUACCUGGCGCUGGGCGUCGACGCCCUCAACACGCCCAACAUUGACCCGGACUUCUUCAACGAGGGCAACCUCUUCAGCAACGAGAAGGUGCACCUCAAGUCGGCCAAGGUGGACCCGCUGCUGGGCGGCGCCACCGAGGACUCCUACCACAUGGGCAGCAGCAUCAGCAAUGGCAGCACCACCACACUGAUCAACGGCAAUGCCAUCUUCGGCGACCUGGUGGCCCCGGUUCACCAGAUGAACACCCUUCAGAUGCCCUCGACCUCGACCUCGAGCAGCUACUCUCCCCAGCAGCAGCUGGAGAUCUCCUCUCAGAUCAUCAACAUCAACUCGCCGGAGAUGAUGUCCUCCUCCUCUGCCUCCACCUCCUCCUCAUCGCCGAACAACAAGUCCUCCUACCACACCAACCCUACCGGCAGCUACCUGGGGAACAUCGAGGACGACCCCACCUUCUACAGUCAGGUGGCGGAGUACGAGCAGCUCGCCUUCUACGGCUCACCAGAGGCAAACGGGUACGCCACCGGCUCGGCGCCCAACUCCCGCAGCAGCAGCAUCAGCAGCGGAAGCGGUUGUGAAGGAGUGAUCAACCCCUCCAACAACUACGAUUACCUCCUCUCCGACUGUAUGACCUCUACUGAGCUGAACUCCUCCAUCAACACCACCACCAGCACUUCCUCAACCUCCACCAACUCCCUGAACUCCCGACUUGCGCCCUCGCCCGCCAGCUCGCACUACUCGAGCGACUCGGCGAGCAGCAAGACCUUCACCAAUCUGGAUGCCAUUCAGCAGAUUCAGCAGCAGCAGCAGCAGCAACAGCAACAGCAGCAGCAGAUAAUCUCCCACAACGGUCNCGCCAUUCAGCAGAUUCAGCAGCAGCAGCAGCAACAGCAACAGCAGCAGCAGAUAAUCUCCCACAACGGUCAGCUGAUCAGCAUCAAACAGGAGCCAGUGGACACCAUCUACCAGCCGACGGUCAUUGAGGAGUUUGAGAGCGGACAGCAGCAGCAGCUUUAUCAGCCAAUGGACAACAGUUCUUACACGACCAUCAGCGCCGCCGACCUGGCGUACUACUGCACACCGCAACAGCAACAGAAUCAGCAGCAGUACAACUCCCAACAGCUGCCCAGCACCGUCAACAGUGUUCUCCUUCAGCCUCAGAUGCAGCAGCAGCAGCCAAUUCCGAGCACCUCCUCGACGGGACGAAAGCGCAACGCCGCCGCGGCCUUCUCCGGCGCCGCCUCUUCGGCGAGCAGCUCCAGCAGCAGCAGCUCAACAGCCUCGGCGACGAGGGCCGCCGGCACGACAAACUCCACCACCACUUCUUCUUCCUCAAAGAAGCCUCGCAUGACCAAGCGCGAGAAGCAGAAGAUGAUGGAGUCAGACAUUGGGAAGUUCGAGACGGAGAACCGCGACCUGCGCCAGUCGAUUGACCUGCUGGAGCGGCAGAUUGCCUUCUGCAAGCGCUUCCUCAGCGAGAACGUCGCCCCGGUCAUUCAGCGCCAGCAGCAGAACUCCUCCUCGACGACUGUUGUGUCCGCCAACGGCCAGCAGCAGUUCACCUGUUCGCCGAUGAUGAUCGCCGUCAGUGAGAUGUAA